GACCUGGUGGUCACCCUCCGCACCAGAAAACCUAGCUUUUCUGCUAAAAAUGGGAUUCGAGUAUGUUCUUUACAAACCCCAGCCCAGCCCCAGUUCUGUGUUUUGCUAACGUAUACAAGAUCCAGCCAUUUUUUUUCUCUUGCUUUGAUAAUUAUGGUUCUGCCCCUCCAUUCGCUAUGCAGCCAUUUCUCUCUUAGAAUUCAUUGGUUCUUCUGUAAUAAUGGCUAGUCUUUGAGGGCAAUAUGGUCCUUAAAAAAUGUAAACUUACUAAAUCUGAGAGACUAGAUUUUCUGUCCUCAGUUACUCCUGUGGGGCUGAACUCAAUAGAAGAGGAAAGAAAAUGUGUGUUUUUUAUUUUUUUAAUUAUUAUUUAUUAUUAUUUGUUGUGGGUUUCACUUUUAUCUCUCCACAGUCACUGUCACUGGCAUCAACGAGAACUCCACCACCGCUGUCACUAGUAUUCCAUGCCCAGAACCAGCAUCAGCAACAGUAGAGAAAGAAGAAGCAAAUCUCAAGAGAGAGAGAGAGUGAGUGUGUAAAGGUUUGCUUUUUAUAUUGUUAUGCUUAUAUUACUGGUUUUGUCUUAUGUCAUCUGAUAUUGUGCUUGAUUUCAGUGGGUUGUUUGAAUUUCUUAUGUUAUCUUCCUUACUUGGGUGAUUGAGAUUUCAGGAAUAGGAAAGUUGGUGGAUUUUGGGAUUUGUGAGAAAUUUUCAGUGAGUAGUGAAAAAAUGGUACUAGUUAGUGUCUUCUGUCCUCAGUUUUUCUUUGUUUCAGAAGCUACUUUUAUAGCAGAAUCAAUAUAUCUUUUACCACGAGGGAUAAAGCCAGAGCUUUUACUUGUGAUUUGAUCUGAUUAUGGUCGGAAAAUAGAAAAGGAGGAGUUUAUUGCUUUGUUGAAGUUUGGAUUUUUGGAUGAGAAUUUGAAGAAUUAAGGAAGCAAUGGAAUCAGAUCAUCAGCAGCAUCAUGACAAACCCCAGCAGCAUAUGAACUCUAGCUUGACGCGCUACCGGUCAGCUCCCAGCUCAUAUUUCACAAACAUUUUGGACUCAGAGGUUUGUGAGCCCUUGUUCAAUCGGCCUUCUAGCCCUGAAACUGAGAGGAUUUUCGCCCGGUUUCUGGCUAGUGAAGGUGGUGGUGAUGGAGGAGGAGGUGGUGGUGGAGGAACAGAAGAAAUUGCAUCACAACACAAAGUUGAAACACAGAUUAAUAAUCAGCAACCACAAUUUAUGGUGCCUAAGGUGGAUGAUGAAGUGGGGAUGAUUCAACAGCAGCAGAGCAAUUUGAACAACUAUUCAUCUGUUGCUCAAGGAUUUUACCAGCCGACGUCGAAACCGCCUUUGCCUAAUCAGAACUUGAAUGAAGGAGCUUAUUCAAUGGGGGGAAGUCACUUGCCUUCUGUCAAAACCGGUGGUGGUGUUGCAAAUUCCAAUCUCAUUCGGCAUAGUAGCUCGCCUGCUGGAUUGUUCUCCAAUAUGAACAUUGAUGCGGCAGGCUAUGGUGCAUUGAGAGGAAUGGGGAACUUUGGAGCAAGUAAUAGCACUGGUGAAGAAGCAUCUUUUUCUUCUGCGAGCAGGUUGAAAAAUUUCUCUUCAGGGCCACCAUCUACAUCGGGGCUAAUGGGUCCGAUUGCUGAAAUUGGGAACAAAAUAAUGCGAUCGAAUAGUCAAGAUGCUGGAGGUUUUGGGGAUGGCCGUGGUAACAAUUAUGUGACUGGUUUCCCAAUGGAUUCAUGGGAUGACUCUGCGAUUCUGGGUGAUGAUACAGGCUUUAGGGAUGACGAAGUGAAAGCAUACACUGGUUUAAGUCCAUCUGAAACUCAGGAUGUGGAGGCUGGAAAUCAUCCUCCUACACUUCUAGCUCAUCACUUGAGCUUGCCAAAAACAUCCGCGGAGAUGGCUGCCAUUGAAAAGUUUUUACAGUUCCAAGAUUCUGUUCCUUGUAAGAUUCGAGCAAAGCGGGGCUGCGCCACACACCCAAGAAGCAUUGCUGAGAGGGUGAGAAGAACCCGAAUUAGCGAACGAAUGAGGAAACUGCAAGAGCUUGUACCAAACAUGGACAAGCAAGCACACACUUCCGACAUGUUGGAUUUGGCUGUUGAGUACAUUAAAGACCUUCAAACUCAAGUCCAGACGCUCUCCGAAAAUCGUGCCAAGUGUACUUGCUCAAACAAGCAGCAGUAGCAACACAAAAGUGUGGGAGUGGACUUUGCUUUUGAUGUACAGAACCAUUAGAAGUUGGAAAAGAAGAUAGAAAGCAGCUGUAGUGUUCUGGGGUUCUCUUUUAUACUGUAAAAAAAUUGACAGUUAGGUUACUUAUUAAGUGGGUGGAGAGGAAAAGAAGCAAAAGGGGGUGCCAAAAGUUGCUGUGUAAGAUUCAAAACCCACUGAGGACAUUAAUAGAAUGCAAGCUGUAUAGUAAUAUUUUGUUAAGAUGUGACAUUACGUGUUUACA